CACUACUACUCUCAGUUUGCCUUUCUCGACUUCACGGCAGGGCUAAUGAUAGGUAACGAAACCGUUGCUUUGUUCACUCUCGUCCGUGACAAACGAUUUAGGUGCAAAUAAACACAUCAGAUAAAGUGUCACGUUUGAAAAACCAUAAAAACUCGCUAGGCUUAAACGUCCGACGAAGGAAUACGCGGUCAUAUGUGUCGCCGUCCAUUCGGGCAGUCAAACUGUUACAACUGGGGAGUUUUCCACAUGAGCCUGACGGUCCCGUUUGCGGGUGCGAGGCAAUGCCGAGAAUUUCAUCUGGAAAGAUCGGUGCGAAUAGACCAGGAAAAGUGGGAUUUAUUGUUCUUGUUAACGUUUUGUAAUAUGGACUCUGUUUAAUAACUGGCUGACGUGUGGAGAUCGUGGUGGGGGGCUGGCUGAAAAAGCAGAGGCACGAGCGGGCAGAGGGGCGUCUGAGAUUCCGUAAACACAUUUCGUUUCUUCAAUAACUUUCUCCGUGUCCUGCUGUCUCUUAUACGCUUUAUGAUAUAAUGCAAUCGCUUGUGUAUAAAUCGCGAAGGAAACGUCGGGAUUUGUGUUGGAUCUGUUCUUGUAGCGGUUUUGAGACCACUGGCUACAAGUUCAUGGAUGUUUACGUCAGUGGAUUGUUUUGAAGUUUGUAAAGUUUAUAAAGACCAGCGAUCUUCUCAUCACUCCAACAGUUUGCAUUAUAAUUUUAACCUCUAUAUUUAUAUGGCGUAUGAAGAGUACUAACUUAGUUAAAAUGGUCGAGGAUAGAGGUUUUGUCCAGAGAGAGGAUGUUUACCGCUGGUUCUCCAUGCUGAGUUCGGCACAGAGGGCUGAGUUCCUCUGUGGCCUUUUGGACCUGUGCGUGCCCGUCGAACUGCGCUUCCUCGGCUCGUGUCUGGAGGACCUGGCCAGGAAAGACUACCACUCCCUGAGGGAUGCCGAAAUCAAAGCCAACAACCCGGCUGACCUCGCCAACCUCACCAACAUCACGGACGAGGUCGUGAGGAGCAAGCUCCUCGUCUCCCUCGCGCUCCUCAGCUCUGACAACCGCGUGUCAGCGGGCGUUUUAUUUCGGACCCUCACUCACAUCGACACCAUCAUCAAUAACUACGGGCUUCAGCUCAACGAUGGCCGGACGGGAGAGCAGUUUUUGCUCCUCUUUACCAUGGCCUCCAGUCACCCCGCUUUUAGUUUUCACCAGAAGCAGGUGCUGAGGCAGGAGCUGGCGCAGAUCCAGGAAAUCCUCCAGGUGACAGUUGGGGAUGCGCCGUCGACGUCACACGGGGGCGGGACCACCGGUGUCGCGACCCCGCCCUUUUCUUCGUACACUUUUGGCUCCUACCAGGCCGGAUGUCCAUGCUGCACAAAGACCCCGCAACGAGAGGUCGCGGGAGGUCAGACGGAUGACGGCUUAGGUCCUGGUAUCAUGUCCCCAAGCCAAUCGCUCUUGUGCCAUGAAUUGCCACUCAAAGCGCAUGCCGGAAAACCCAGCAAAGUGUAUGUUGAAAGAAUUGAUCUGAGAGGAGUCACAGCCAAAACAGACAAACCGACCGAAUAUAUCCUAGACAUUCUGUGGUCUGAUUCCACUCUUUCGACCAUCAGCAAAACCCCUCAGGAAGUGCUGGAGUUCAUCUCCCAGCUCUCUCAACUCUUUCCUGAUGAAUGUCUGGAAAAACUCCUGCCGCCGAUGCCUGGACUCACGAACGAUUCUGCUCACGAACUAGAUCCCCGGUGCUUGACCUCCCUCCCGCCUCAAGUUCUCAAACAUGACAAAGUCUCUUCCUUCUUCAGCACCUCGUCCGCACCUCAGCUCCCCACCAGCACAAAUGUUGGCUGUCUGCUUCAAUACAGAACAAGCAGGCCCAUCUGUGGGGUUGCCAGCAUCCAGCCUGUGCUAGGAAUCCACGCCUCCCUCCCGCAGAACUCCCAGGCUCACCUGCCUCCUCUCCCCCCUCAGACGGCGAUGGCCAUCCUCCCAAACAGUACCGUACCCAUGGGGGACGGCAGCCCUCCACAGGCGCACCUCCCAAACCAUGGACCCCAACAGUCGCAUCCCAGCCUGGAGCAGAACGGCAUUCUAGACUGGUUACGUAAACUGCGGCUGCAUAAAUACUACCCUGUCUUUAAACAGCUGACCAUGGAGGAGUUCCUCGCCCUCACAGAAGAAGAUCUAAACAAAUAUGACCUCACCCAGGGGGCCAAGAAGAAGCUGAAGACUCAACUGGAGCUUCAGAAAGAGAAGCUAGAGAAGAGAUACGUGGUGUCUCAGUUUCCAGUUUCUUGUGGGGGGGUUGCCAGAGUGACACCGUCCAAUCACGUCGGACCACUGACAAACACGCAUGCCGGAACUGGCACAGAGUUACGAGUAGACGUGGAGAACAGCUCGCUGCCCGUUCCACGAGACAGCGGCUCCUCCUCAGGUUACUCCAGUGCGCCUUCUAGUCCAAUGACUCCUCUGUCACGUGACGCUUCGUUUGACCGAGUCAAAGACCCUCACAGGCGUGCAGACUCAAGUUUGGAUCCUGGAGAGAAAGAGCGGUCCUGUUUUCUUCUCAAUCCUGCUGUGUCCGCCAGUCCCAGCCGUCCCACUGCUCAGGUCCUCCCGGUCCAAAAUGACCCCUCCCACAUGAGUUUACCCCCACCCUCUCUACCACUCCUCUGCCCGGGCCGAAUCCUCAACUCCCCCCACAAGCCCCGCCCAUCCCCGCUCUGUCCAGAAGAACGCUCCAAACUGAUGGGGUCCGGGGUCCGGCUCGACAACAUCUACCCUGGGAUGAGUCUAGACGGAUCUUCCGUGCACCAAGACGUGUCGGGACCUCGAGGGCCCCUCACGGUGCAUCGUUCUCCUCCAGGCCUCAUGGUGGAAACCAGCACUUCUCUCACCUCCACAUCCAACACCCUCCACCACGUCUCUCACCCCCCCUUACACCUGCAGGUGUCUUUCUCAUCUCCACGUGCAGGAUCUUACCCUUUCUCCACUCCGUCUUCCUGCCCAUCAUCCAGCUCCUCCACCAGACCUUCUUUUUCACCGGUCAGUGGAGUACCCAAAGCAACGGCUAGCAGCGUUCCAAUGGCGGCAGUACACGGCAACACCUACUGCGUGAAUAGUACGCCUGCGGUCACGCCCAGUUCCAGCCCGGCGUCCACAGAGAACACCGCCUAUGCCUCGGUGCAAGCAAACAGCUCUAACUCCAGUUCAUCGCUGUGCGUUUGUAGCUCUUGUGGUUGUAGCGGUAACUGCGGAUCUUAUGGAGCGUUACCAGCUAAUUACGCCGGAUACUUUCCGCACCCAUUUUCAGGAACAUCGGUGUUCACAUUAGGGCCUUUGCUUCAUUUCAGCCCGCUCCUUACGGGAAGCAGUACCGCCUCCCCUUUUUCAUACCCCCUGGUGGCUCCGCCCAUUUAUAACAGCAGCCUAUCGCACGACUCACAACAGAAUCUCGUGCUUCCGCCAGUUCAGGGUUUCUUAGGGGGAGGUGUGUACCAGCCCCAAGGAAUGAUGGGAAAUUCGGGGCAUAGGAAAACAGGGACUGUUUCCUGCUAUAACUGCGGGCUGAGCGGGCAUCGCGCACAAGAUUGCAAACAACCAGCAAUGGACUUGGCACAACAAGGGACAUAUCGUUUGAAGUAUUCUCCGCAGACGGACGGCCAGGACACAGGGGACUAAAUGCCGAACUGGUUUGGACCUGCACCUUCAUCAGUGUUCAAAGACACAUUACGUGAAACGUCGCUGAGCAAAGACUUGCUCAAAAUCCCUGCAAGAGGAUCAAAUCUGAUCAGUUACGGUUCUGAUGAAACCUUUGUGCCAAAUAACAGAGGCAAUAGAAGAUGUUUCACUUUGCACAAUUGAUCUUUGCAGCGGGAUGUUGAAAAGAACAACUCAAACAUACUUUCAUCUCUUUGUGUUCUUCUGUGCGUUUCACACCGUUUGUCGAACGUCCAGCUUGCACAGCGAAGCAGCCAACUGGAAUAGGAUAUCGGGAUUGUUUUACUGGAGAUUUAAAGAAAACACACUCGUUGGUGUCGGCUCUGUGGGGAAUGUGUCUUUGUCCAUCUCAGAAUGUCACUUUAAGCUCUUUUGACAAGCGUGAGGAAUGUUGUCCAUAAAGAGCCCUUAAACAUCAUGUGUUAGUUGUAUAUGACUGUACUUUGUGUAAUCAUGUUGUAUCUUUUAAUGUUCCCAUUUUUGAAAACAUGUUUGCUACGUUUGAAUUCUUUUUUAGGUAUUGUUGGGUUAUCGAGCAGAUAAAAAUGUUAUUAGAAUCAAUGCACUUGAGACAGCUAAAGCGUAACCAACAUUGACUUUUAACAGCUGUUGUUUAAAAAAUUACAUUGUUUAUGGAUUUCUGGUUCUGAAUUGAGAACUGAACGCACAAGGAAACAAAUCAUGUUUGUCACGCUAAGGUCACAGGUUCUUAACAUGCACAGUAGACAUACAAGACUUUGUUCAAAACGAGUCAAACAAACACCGUAAGUGUCACGCCCAUCCAGUUUACCCAAAAUAAUCCAUUCCGUCCUGUCAUUCAAAACCGAUUGAAAAAGAAAUCAAAGCAGUCAUGAUCAGUGUUUGUUUGGCCAUUUCUGUUAAAAAAAACAUUUUACAGAAUAUUUCUGUACUGUUUUUCACAGUUGCUGGUUAUGCAUGUUGCCUUAUAACCUCUGAGCUCUUUGUAUUCUCAUGUCGAGUAUUAUCACAUGACAGCUUUCAAACUAAAAUGACAAUGCUGAUGCAGCCGUUUUGUAUUCGGAAGUGAAUGUUUAUUGAAUUUUGAUUGUUGGAUUUUUGUAUGUAUCAGUUUGACACAUUUUUAAAAAGUAAUUUUUUUUUGAGAAAUUCUUGUGAACUCGGCUUGUUUAUUUGCCAUUGGCCUGACCAUGAUACCCGGAUAAAGCUAUCCUGAGUACCUACAAUCUCCAUAAGUUAAUUGUCAUUAGAAAACAGUGUGAAUGGUCUCGUUUCCCCACUUGGUAUGUCUUCCAUUGUUUGACCAAACAGAUAGUCCCAACCCAAACUCACACCAU